GGCAGAGAUUAUCUGUGAAAAAGGAUGUUGAGCUGAUGUGUUUUUGAGCAGAGCUCUGCAUUGUCUUCUCCCCCGGAGGUUUCAGGUGCCCCUCUUGCUUCCUUCUUCUCAGUAAAUAUGGACCAGGUUAUGCCAACCACUGAGGAUUACUGGGUUUUUGAUUAUGAUGAGAAUAUCACCCUGUCUCCCGAGACAAGUGGGGCUAUCGCACCCCCGUGCUUACAAGAAGACAUCUACGUUUUUGCAGAGAAGUACUCCCCCAUCGUGUACAGCCUGGUGUUCUUCUUGGCUGUCGUUGGCAACGUGCUGGUGCUCUGUGUGAUCAGGCGUUACAGAAACUCUCAGAGCGGCGGCGCCUGCGCCUUCUCUCUGACAGACACCUUCCUCCUCCACCUGGCGAUCUCCGACCUCCUGCUGGCCUUCACGCUGCCCCUCUUCGCGGUGCAGUGGGCUCACCACUGGGUGUUCGGCGUGGCCCUCUGCAAGAUCUCCGGAGCCCUCUUCUCCCUGAACCGGUACAGCGGCAUCCUCUUCCUGGCCUGCAUCAGCUUCGACCGGUACCUGGCCAUCGUGCACGCCGUCAGCUCGGGCUGGAAGCGAAACACCUGCCACGCUCAGUUCGCCUGCGCCGUCAUCUGGAUGGUUUGCUUGGGCCUGAGCGGAGUGGACAUCGCCUUCAAGCAGGUGGUGGAGGUGCACACGGUGGGCCAGACGCGGGGGCCGCUGUGCCAGCUGUGGUUCACGGACAGCUCGGCGCAGUGGCAGGGCGGGCUGCAGCUGCUCAGCGUGAUCCUGGGCUUCGGGGUUCCCCUGCUGAUCAUGCUCUACUGCUACAUCCAGAUCUUCAGGUCCCUGUGCAACGCCAGCCGCCGGCAGAAGCGCAAGUCCCUCCGCCUCAUCGUGUCCCUGGUGUCGGUGUUCGUCGUCUGCUGGGCUCCGUACAGCUGCUUCCAGCUGGCGGACAGCCUGCACCAGCUCAAAGUGGUGGCCGGGGGCUGCCAGUUCGGCCGCGUGGUGGACAUCGGGACUCUGAUCACCGAGAGCGUGGGCCUCUCGCACUGCGCCCUCAACCCUCUGCUGUACGGAUUUGUCGGGGUGAAAUUCAGGAGGGAGCUGGUCAGGAUGUGCAAAGGGGUGCUGGGACAGAGAGGCUGGCUGGGAAUGAACGGCUGGAGCCAGAGGAGUUCCAGAAGGACCACCGGCUCCUCCAGCUUUGCAGAGACUGAGAAUACCUCCUACUCUGUCAUGGUGUUGUAACAUGUGAAACGAGAAAGUUUAUGAGUGCUUUUGUUUGUGAGGAGGGAGACAGCCAGAAAAAAACAAAAAACAAAAAAACGUUUGUUGAAUCCAAUGUUCUCAGAAUAAUCAGGUUCCUGAUCUGUUUGUCUCACGUUGGUGCUUACACAGUUCUUUAUGAUGAAGUCUCACUGUGAAAUCAUUAAAUGUUGGGGUGCGAAGCAUAAAACACACUGCCAUAUUCUUAUUUCUGAUUCUGUCACAGCACUUUCAGUGAGAGUGUGUUGUUUUUUUGUGUCCAUAGGUCAGAUCUUGUGAAACAGCUUUAUUUCUGCAGACUUGUUAAGCAGUCAGGAGCUUAAACUAUGACUCACAUCUCACUCCUUUAUGCUCAGUGGAGAUAAUAGCAAGCAGGAAAUGAUUUUCAGUUUAUAAAGCUGGGGUGGGAAUGUCUUGAUUGAAAGAGUGGUUGUGUUUUUUUAUGAAUAUUUUUUAAUGAUGUGUAUAAACUUUUUCUUUCGGAUGUGUGCUUGAAGUUGUACUACGCACUGCAAAACAGGAAAUUACUCACUCUGAGCUCCAUGUGUUACGAUAAAGCUCAGCUUCCUUUUGACAGUCGAAGUUUUUCUAUUAAAUAUUUUGAAAUAAAAACAAAGCUCCUUGUGUUGAAUGUCGACCUCCUGUGUUUU